UUUGGCGGCGGCGGAGAGGCACAGCAACAAUAAAGGCACCUGAGUCACUCCAAUCCAAUCCAGUCCCGUCCAGGAGCCAUGGCUUAAAAGCAACUCCCCCCAGACGAUGGCAGCUCAUUUGCCCACACCAUUAGCCAAAUGCAGUCCACACAGAUCUCACACCUGCUCCCUAGGCUCCUGUUGCUCUCUUUCCUGGCCCAAUCUCGUGGGGAUGUCAACCGAUUGCUGCUGGAUCAGCUCAACCAGGUGGGCCUGGUGAAUCUCCUAGAACAGGCCACGCGUCCCAAUGUUCCCCAGGACCUCUCGACCUUUGACUUCAUUGUGGUUGGCGCCGGAGCAGCUGGCAGCUCCUUGGCCGCCCGUCUCUCGGAGAAUCCCCAGUGGACGGUGGCCCUCGUGGAGGCGGGUGGCGUGGAGAACAUAGCCCAUCUGACGCCAGUGGUGGCGGGUUAUCUGCAGCAGACCUCCUCGAACUGGGGCUACAAGUCGGUGCCGCAGAAGCUCUCCUGCCACGGGAUGAACAACAACGAGUGUGCUUUGCCGCGGGGAAAGGUCCUCGGUGGCACCAGUUCCAUCAACUAUAUGAUCUACAAUCGCGGGAAUCGCCGGGACUUUGAUGGCUGGGCGGCGGCAGGGAAUCCCGGCUGGAGUUACGAAGAGGUGCUGCCCUAUUUCCUGCGCUCCGAGAAUGCCCAACUGCAGGGCCUGCAGCAGUCGCCGUAUCACAAUCACAGUGGUCCGCUGAGUGUGGAAUAUGUGCGCUUUCGAUCGCAGCUGGUCGAUGCCUUCGUGGAGGCCUCCGUGGAGGCGGGUCAUCCGCGCACCGAUUACAAUGGUGAAUCCCAGCUGGGGGUCUCCUAUGUGCAGGCCACCACCCUGAAUGGUCGGAGGCAUUCAGCGUAUUCCGCCUACUUGAAACCUGUGAGGGAUCUGCGCUCCAACCUGCACAUCUUCACCUUUGCCCGCGUGACCCGCCUGCUGAUCGAUGAGGCCACGAAAGCAGCCUACGGCAUCGAGUUUCACUACAAAAAUAGGGCUUAUACCUUCAAGGCCCGCAAGGAGGUGAUCCUAUCGGCGGGCACCUUCAACUCGCCGCAACUGCUGAUGCUCUCGGGGAUUGGGCCGGAAGAUAACCUCAAGGCGAUUGGAGUUCCCUUGGUAAAAGCUUUACCCGUGGGCAAGCGAAUGUACGAUCACAUGUGCCACUUUGGACCCACCUUUGUGACGAAUACCACGGGUCAAACGACCUUCACGUCGCGGGUCACGCCUGCAGAGGUGCUGUCCUACCUGCUGGCCGGAAAUCCAGCCACCCGACUGAGUUCCAUCGGCGGGGUUGAGGCCUUGGCCUUCCUGAAGACCCAGCGAUCGGAGCUGCCCAGGGAUUGGCCCGAUAUCGAGUUGAUAAUGGUCACGGGGAGCUUGGCCAGUGACGAGGGCACCGGCCUCAAGUUGGGCGCCAAUUUCAAGGACGAAAUCUACGACCGGAUGUACAGGGAACUGGCGCAGGCCCAACAGGAUCACUUCACCCUGCUGGUCAUGCAGUUCCAUCCCAAGUCGGUGGGUCGUCUUUGGCUGAGGGAUCGCAAUCCGCUGAGGUGGCCCAAGAUCGAUCCGAAAUACUUUGUGGCCGAGGAGGAUGUGGAAUACCUGCUGGAUGGGAUUAAGGCCAGUCUGAGGAUCAUCCAGAUGCCGGCGAUGCAGAGGAUUGGGGCGAGAUUGCUGAAGAGACGGGUGCCGGGAUGCGAGGGCCACGAGUUCGCCUCGGAUGACUACUGGCGAUGCUCGAUAAGAACGCUGUCCUAUACGCUGCACCACCAGGUGGCCACCUGUCGCAUGGGACCCGAAAGUGAUCCUACGACAGUGGUGAAUCAUGAGCUAAAAGUUCACGGGAUGAGGAAACUCCGGGUGGUGGACACCAGUGUGAUCCCGGUGCCACCCACCGCCCACACGAAUGCGGCGGCCUUUAUGAUCGGGGAGAAGGCGGCGGACAUGAUACGAUCCGAGUGGAGUUGA